UCUUUCUUUCCACCAAAAUUUAACUCUUCUUUGUAAGAUAAAUAAGUACCGUGAUUAGGAAAUAAAUAAAUAUGCGUAACUACACACCUCAGAUAACAUAAUCACAUUAAUUCACGCAACAUAUAUAUUAUGUCUACCACAUUACAAGUAUAUAGUAGUAAUAAAGUUUUUUUGGAAUACUCCAUAUUAUACUCCGUUUAGAGGAAAUAUUUCAUAUGCAUUGAAUCUUCCUAAAAUGAUGCUGAUCACAUAUUAAUUACAAGAGCCAUCCAGCCCUAAUGACCUAAUUGUGCUAUUUUUGUGAUUCUAGUUGAUAUUUUAAUGAUUCAGCCUUUUUGGAGAGUGCAUCCCAAUUUCGGAAAGCCAAAAUCUGCAUACAAAAUUCAACCUUUUCUUUGACAGGGAAGGCAAGAGAGCGUUAAAUUAUCUCCGCCGGCCGGCAACCAGGUUUAGCUGCGGCUGAUACGGAGUUUGAGAGUGUUACUUUACAGAGAGAGAGUAGAAUUGUAGCGUUUUGAUUUUUGGUUGAUAUGGCGUUGAGCGGCGUGAAGGAAGCCGAUGCAGCGGAUUUGAAGCUCCACGAUACGAUCCCCGGCGGCGUGGUGGUGCCGGAGGAGUUCACAUGUCCUAUUUCGAAGAAGAUCAUGAAAGAUCCCGUCAUUGUUCCAUCAACCGGAGUGACAUAUGACCGUGAUUCCAUUCAGAAGUGGAUUGAGGAUGGGAAUGCUACAUGUCCUCAAACUGGGAAGAGGAUACAGUCGUUGGCUAUGCUAAUCCAAGACAAUGUACGCAAAGAUAUGAUAUCUAGCUGGUUUGAAAAUCCUUCACUCAACAAUGAGUUCCAACAGGCUGAUUUCCAGGCCACAAUGGAAAUAAACUUAACAGCCGAGACAUUGGAAGGCCAGAGGGAACUUUUUGAGAGAUUGCGUCGCUUAACAAAGGAGAAUCAUGCAUUUCGGAAGCAUUUUGUUGAAUCAGCUGCUGUUCAUGUCCCAACACUAUUCAAUGGCCUCUGCUUAGCUAUUGCUGCCUCUAGAAAGGGCAUCUUUCUGGAUGAUCUUCGAGAGUCCCUUAUUGCCACUCUUACAAACAUAGCUAUCCGCAGUGACAAUAUCAAGAGGCUGGUGGCAAACAAGCCUCAUCGUAUUGGAAUUAUUGCUGAAGCAAUGGAUGUUAGGGGUGAUAUAAGGUUUAGGACAGUAGCUGCUAGUGCCAUUAAGACGCUGUCCACUCUCGACUUAUUCAAGGAAAAGGUUCUUGAAGCACAUAUGGGUCUUUCUGGGUCCCUACUAGGAGGUGUAAUGGUGUACCUCAAGGGCAUGUUGGAGGUAUGUGAUGUUUUGGCAGUGGAAGAGGCGGUCGGCGCUAUAAUUAUUCUGUGUUCCGUCCCAGGUAACAUGAAGCAUGCUCUUAAUUGUGGUACGAUUGGCGUGAUCAUGGAUAAUAUUAAGUACAAGGUGUUUCCGGGUUAUAUGUUGCAAGUUCUUGCAAUGUUUUCGACUGACAAGAUUGUGAUUGAGGAGAUAGUUAGGUGAGAAGCAAUCAGCUUCUUGUUCAAAAUCAUAAAGGGUGACUCUAGUCCGCACAACAGAGAGAAUUGCGUGACUAUCAUGCAUGAGAUUGUCACUCGUACCGAGUCCAUGACUGACCAAAUCAGAUGCCAAGAGAAGACUCAUCGUCUGUUGGCUAGCCUUGUUAAGGAAGGCACUCCAUUUGCCCAAACCAAGGCUCGUGACAUCCUUGCGAAGAUAUUCCCUAGGAACAUGAGAGAGAGAAAGCUGAAGGGUGAAUAACAGAGAGUGUUACACAGCAGCCAAGCCCCUUGCAAAAAGGUACAUGGACAAGAGGCAGAGUUAUAAUUUUGAACAACACUAUUUGUUGGUGUUUUAGUCAUUAAAUUCAUAUGCUACUUUGUUACUAUCACUUUCUCAUUUGUCCCUAUCCGAACAUAGUGAUGCUUUAGUUAUGAAAUUCUUCUGCUACUAUCAUUUCCUUAGUAUUAUUUUCUCCUUUGUCCCUA